UCUGUCUGUUCAAAAGGGUUACCAAUAUUUCUUUGAUCUUUCCGCGAUUUAUAGGAACCAGGGGGUUGUUUAGUCAAAAACUUUAUAAUUGAUUAAGAUAAAUUCGAGAAAUUAAUUUAUUUCCUUAAUUAGUUUAAUUACUUUGAUUUAGUACCAUAAGUAAGAAAAAGAAAUAAUAUUUAAUAAUAAUUACCCCCGUGAUGUCAAUCGUCGAUUCCGCUCAGGUGCCACAGAAAACAAAUAUGACAGUUUUACUGACUUUGUUUUGGCCGCUCGCACGUACUAUACCAAUCAAAAGCUUGAUUCUGUGAAAAACCAAUCCAAGACUUUCGCGGCCUGGACAUGCCAACGAAGAAACAUGUUAACGAAGGCCAUUUUGGUUUUAAAAAUGGUCAUGUGUGGUCAGUGUUGUGAGGUUUGUAGGCCUGUUUGACCUUUUUAUCUUCUGAAAGCUUUAUAUUUUUAAAAUAUUUGUUUCCUGUUUGUUUUUAAUGUUAACCUAAAUAUAUUGUCACGAUUUUUGGCCACGUAUAGUUCUUAAACGUACUAUUUUUAGGAUUUUUGGCUAGGAACGAAGAUUUUUUAAAGGCUGCUAGCCAGCUACAAUCGCGUGCAAAAAUGUUUUGGAAAAACUGUAUCCCCCCUCCCCCCCAAGUUCAAUGUUGACUGUUUUGACAACAGUGCCUUUACAAGACCUGACACUAGCGAUCAAAACAACAAAUUCAACACUGAAUUUGGGGGAGGGAGACUGUUAUGCUAAAAGAAGUCUAAAAACUUAAAAAUCAGAGAGUUUUCCAAAUAUUUUUGCACACGAUUGUCUGAAUUUCAAAGAAAAAAAAUGAAAAGGGUUACCUAGCAUAUUUGCAUAUAUUUUUUUAGAAAAACAGAGUUUGUGCGGAUAAGACCUACUUUAUGAGCCUUAGACCAUGUGGCUAGCUAAAUUUCAUGACUGCCAUUUUGUUUUUAGCCAAUAUGUACUCCGUGUGUGUUUACACGACAUCAAAACAAAAAAAGGCGGGAAAAUUCAAACUUUGAGUUCAUCAAUCACAGACCAUGUGGCCAGCUACAUUUCAUGACUAGCAUAAUGGAUUUUAAGGCAGCAUUUAAUUUUCACCAUAUAGAAAAAAGGGGACAACCGUUCAAAGGCAACAUGAAUUUAUCAGACAGCGAAGACUUCCAAACGCAAAAAGUAUACCCAAAUUGCCGACAAUAUUUUCUAACAUAAAGCAAAGCCGAUCUAGCCAAAUUUCCUACACGAGACAGUUUUUGCGAUGCACUGAUAUCCUCAUUCAACGGAUCAGGAAAGGUAACUACUCAAUACUGGGCAUGUUGUCGUGAAGAACAUGAAAACACUUCAGGGUAUCACUAUCAUGCAUGUGUAAAACUGUCCGGCCCAAAGCGUUGGGAUCCUGUAAAAAAGCGAUUCUUCGAGAACUAUGGGAUCCAAGUACACUUUUCUGAGUCCCACGAAAACUACUACUCGGCUUACAAAUACGUCUGCAAAAAGGAUCUUGAAGUUUUGACGAGUCCUGCUCAUCCUGACUUACAGGAAGUUGGAUCUCCGGUUACUAAAAAAUGUAUGAGUGCGUACCGUGAAAAUUGUCGUAAACAUAAAUUACAACAAAUCAAACAAAAUUCUCAUAUAGACCAAAUGACAUAAACAAAACAAACAGAAAACAAGACACAGGUCGACCCAAAAAAACGACUGUCCAACUCAGAUGUGUCAAAGCUUAUUGUUAAAAACGAAAUAAGGAGCGAAGAGGAUUUGUUCAUCAUAGCCACCGAACAAUAGGAAGCAGGGAAAGAAGACCUCUACAACUUUCUAAUUAACCGUUCCCCAAAAUCACGAGCAGACCUACUUGUUACAACCUGGAAAUGCGGGAUGCCAAACCAUCAGCAAAGCGCCGCAACACACCACGCACGGAUAUAAUCUGCGAGGCCGCGGCUGCGGAUUGUGUCGACUUUUGUGAUGGCCGGUGGCUGCAAUGUGCGCUAGAAGUGCUGAGGUUCAAUGGCUUGCAUCUGAUAGUUUUCUCCGAAGCACUGCGUGAUCUCCUAGUCAAUGGCAGAGAAAAGCACCGAAACAUAUUCAUCACAGAGCCUGCUGACUGCGCCAAAACAUUCUUGUUGGAUCCCUUGCAAAAGAUCUUCCGCACCUUCUCAAACCCGUCAGACAACAAAUAUUCCUGGCUCGGUGUGGAAAAGGCCAAGGUCAUCUUCUUAAACGAUUUCCAUUGGAGUAGUGAGUCAAUCGCUUGGAAAGAACUACUGCUUCUUCUUGAAGGCCAGACCGUACACAUACCCACACCAAAGAACAAUUAUACUCGCGACCUGUGUAUUGAUGGAGACAUACCCGUUUUUGCUACUGGAAAAAACGAGAUAAAGUAUGUUAGCAACCGAUGAUAUCGAGAACGAAACGUUGUGUUUAAUACAGCCCGUUCAUUAGAAAUUGCACAACAGAAUUUAUUUUUAUAUCGUGGAAUUUAGAAGUAAAUACACCGCAAGUAAAUAAUAUACGUCUCUCUUAUAUCUAGUAUAUACAGCAACUACUUGUCUAACAGAUGUGUACUUCAUUAUCUUUGUCUUGAUCAAGUUGCACAUCAUACUGAAUUGUAUGAAUCAAGUUACACGAUACAUCUUUCCCGAUUUUUAUGGGAAUGUUCCUAAGAAUAUAAAAGUACUUUGCGCAAUGUCUAAAUAUGUCGAAUAACUGAAAAUAUGUCUGUGUGUGAACUAUUUACAUGUCUAUGUGCUUUAUAUUUUAAUGCUUAUACUUCCAUUCGUGUGGUUAAAUAGGUUAAAUAACUGAAACUAUGUCUGUGUGUGAACUAUAUACAUGUCUAUGUGUUUUAUUUGUUAAGUUCUUAUAGUUUCAUUCGUGUGGUUAAAUAGGUUAAAUAACUGAAACUAUGUCUGUGUGUGAACUAUAUACAUGUCUAUGUGUUUUAUUUGUUAAGUUCUUAUACUUCCAUUCGUGUGGUUAAAUAGGUUAAAAAACUGAAACUAUGUCUGUGUGUGAACUAUAUACAUGUCUAUGUGUUUUAUUUGUUAAGUUCUUAUAGUUUCAUUCGUGUGGUUAAAUAGGUUAAAUAACUGAAACUAUGUCUGUGUGUGAACUAUUUACAUGUCUAUGUGCUUUAUUUGUUAAGUUCUUAUACUUCCAUUCGUGUGGUUAAAUAGGUUAAAUAAAUGAAACUAUGUCUGUGUGUAAACUAUUUACAUGUCUAUGUGCUUAAUAUUUUAAUGCUUAUACUUCCAUUUGUGUGGUUAAAUAGGUUAAUAACUGAAACUAUGUCUGUGUGUAAACUAUUUACAUGUCUAUGUGCUUUAUAUUUUAAUGCUUAUACUUCCAUUCGUGUGGUUAAAUAGGUUAAAUAACUGAAACUAUGUCUGUGUGUGAACUAUUUACAUGUCUAUGUGUUUUAUUUGUUAAGUUCUUAUACUUCCAUUUGUGUGGUUAAAUAGGUUAAAUAACUGAAACUAUGUCUGUGUGUGAACUAUUUACAUGCCUAUGUGCUUUAUAUUUUAAUGCUUAUACUUCCAUUUGUUAGCACGAGGAUAAAUAGGGCUUCAAACCAAAAAGACCUCUCUAACAACUAGCUACAAGCAAGCAGUGACCCCAAAUGUCAUGAAUUAUUCCAUAGAAAAAUGGCUGAUAUAUAGCUAGCUACAUCUCUCUAAAUAACGCGAAUACUGACAUGUUAACAAGAAAACUUGAUUAAUGUAAGCAACUCUUUUGCUCUCAUGUUAUUGCAUUGAUCGCAAAACAAAAAAAUAAUUAACAAUAUAAAAGCAAAUAUGAUGAGGAGUACUGAUCAGCUGCAUAUGCCUUAAAAUGUGCAGACAUUUUCGGAUCAAUUCAGUUUUUCAACACAAAAUCAAGUGUUCGCACGUAAAAAGGCAGCAUGCUAUUUAAAAUUUAAAAAAACAUACUUUUUGGUUGUUAGGUAAACAUUCGUGUUGUAUCUGGGAACCCUGCGUGACCUUAUUAAGUCAUAAAAACACGAAAUCUUUGUCUAAACUACUUUGCCUAUGAACGAACAUACCUUUCUUAGUGAUAGAAGUUAGCUGCACGACAUCGAGCCUCAUACCCCAAAGGUAACAGUAUCUUAUGCUCAGCAUUUUACCAAAAUACAAGAAAAAAUAGCAUAUUGAUUUAGUUGCAGAAACUAUCGUCCCCACCGUGGUUUUUUACUUUUGAUGAUUUACUCGAUUGCAGUGACAAAAAAACUCCAAAAAACACAGGAGAUUUAUUUUAAUUUAUCAAUGUCAAAGAACCUUUCUUUUUUGUGACCAGAACGUUUCUUAAAUGACGUGUUACAAAUACU